AUGGAACAGCAAGCACUUCAGCUCUUGAAACGGAAGCUCGAUGCUCUGAGCUAUAUGGAGCCUGUGGACGAGCACAGCGCCCCCCUGGUGCAGAGAUUAGUUGACGAUCUCGUGCACACGACAGAGAGCUACAGGGGCCUCAAGCAGCAGUCCCUGACGCACCACCACCACAUCUCCAGUCUGAAUGACAAGGUUGAGGUGCUGCAGAAGGACUGCAGCAGGCUGGCAGGCGAGAACAACCAGCUUCACCUGCGCCUCAUCAAAGAGACCGAGCACUCUGACCGGCGAGAACGCGCGCAUUACACACAGCUCAAGGCCUUUGAGGAGCAGAUCUCUCAGCUGUCCUUCUGGAAGCAGAGCACCCAGCAGCGGGUCCUGGGCUUGGAGAAGGAGAAUGGGGGCCUCAAGCAGCGCCUGCAGCAGUUUCUCACUGAAGAUGACAGCGAUGACGAGGCGAGAGGCGCCACCAGGCUUCACCUGGAGGCGCCACUGGAGCCGGCAGCUGCCGCGCAGCUGCCGCGGCCGGCGCCCGGCUCCCCGGCCGGCGGCGGCAUAGAUCUGCUGAAGGCGGCGAACACGCGUGUGGCAUCGCUGGAGGCCGCCAUGCGCUCGAGGGACGGCCAGCUUGCAGCCGCACAGGCAGAGCUGCAGGCCAUGCAGGAGGCAGUUGAAAAGAGGGAGGUGGAGAUAGUGCGACUGGGCGCGGAGGCCGCCACCAUCAGAGACGUGGAUGUGACGGCCCUGCAGUAUCGCAGCGAGGCCCAGGAGAACCUCAUACUUCAGCUCAACGAGCAGCUGGAGGCGCGGCUACGGGAGGCGGUGAGGGACGGGAACGCCCUCGCACGGGAGACAGGAGAAUUGAAGGCUGCCCUCAAGCGUGCCCAGGCCCAAUCCGGGCUGCCCAGGCGCAAUGGCCUGACAAAUGGGCGCUCCGCGGGAGACAAGGAGAAUUUGCCGGAGACAAGCCGAGCGCUGGCGUUGGCGGAGCAGCGGCUGAGUGAGGCGGCCGCGGAGCUGCAGCAGCGCGCCGAUGCGCUGGGCCGCCUGGAGGCCGAGCGCGACGAAGGGAACGCGCAGGUUGAGCGGCUGAAGGAGCGGCUUGGGGAGGUGGAGGGAGCCGUGGCGCAGCUGCGCACCACAGGCGCGGCGGAGGCGGCGGGGGUUCCGUCCCCUACAGUGGCGGCGGGGGGUCCGCCCCGGGCGGCGGCCGCUGAGGUGGCGGAGCUCAGGGAAUGCCUUGCCACGGCGCAGGCCGAUGCGGCGGCGGCCGCCGCGCAGCGGGAGUCUGUGCAGCACGAAGCCACGCAGCUGCGCAGCCAGGUUCAGUUCCUGGAGGAUGAGAAGGCAGUGCUUAUCGAGGAGGCGGCCGUCAGAGCGCGCAGUGCCGACUCUGCGGAGAACAGCGAUACGCUCUUGCUCAGGCAGCGGCUCUUGACGGCGGAGGCGGACCGGGACAAGCUGCGGGCGGCGGUGCUGCAGGCGCAGGCGCAGGCCGACGAGCUCAUAGCCGCGCUCAAGGGCCUGGCGGCUGACCGUGACGCCGCACGCGCAGCCGCCGCCAAUGCACGCUCCGAGGCCGAUCGGCUGCAAACGGCGCUCGCCGAGCGGCCGUCGCCGGCCGCCGCGCCAGCGACGCCACCCGCGCAGGCUGUGGAGAGUGGGGACACAGCGCCGGAGGAGAAAGCUACACAGCUAGCAACACCAAACGCAUUCCUUAAAAAGCACGCAGACGAAGUAAUGGCACAGUCACAGAGAUUGCAGGCGCAGUUGCAAGAGCUUGGCACAACACGGGACAACCUCGCUGCUGAGUUGGCGUCCAAGACCGAGGCUGCAGCCGUCUUGGAGCAGGAGGUUGCAGCUGCCCAGGAGCGGGCAGAGGAGGCAACGCAGCGGGCUGCCCAGGCGGAGGCAGCUUCCGCCGCAGCUGCCGGGCAGCUGCAGUCGGCUCGGCAAGCGCUGGCGCUCGCCGAGCAGAAGAGGGACGCAGCGCUGCAGACCUCGCAGACGCUCGAGGCGGACAAUCGCGAGUUGAGGGACGAGCUGCACGCAGUGUCGGACGACCUUGAAGCGCUCGUGCGCGAGAACCAGGUCAUCGGCGGGCAGGCCAUAUCGGCCGCCACUGAGCGCGACGCCUGGCGCGAGGAGGCCGGGGCCGCCGGCACGCGCGCAGCCGCCGCCGAGGCCGCCGCCCGCGCCGCCGACGCUGAAACCGUGCGUCUGCGCAAGACAUACGAGGCGCUGGCUGCGGAACUGCGGGGGGCGCAGGGCAGUGCGGGCGCGCUGGGCAGGAAGCUGGCUGCCCGGGAUGGGCACGCUGCCGGACAGGCCGCUGAGCUGGCCGCCAUGCGCGAAGCCCACUCCAAGGCUCAGGCCCAACUCAACCAGACCGCUCUCGACGUCCAGGCGUGGGAGCGCCAGGUGGCGGAGCUCAGCCGCCAAGUCAGCAGGGCGGCAGCUGACAAGGACGAUGCCGAACGCGAGCGCCAGUCGCUGCUCGACGCCCUUCGCAACUCCGAACAGGCGCGGUUUGAGGUGGAGAGGCAGCGGGAGGGCGCUCAGCGGCAGAUGGCGGCGAUGGAGGGGACGCUGCGGGAGACCGGGGCGCGCUGUGAGGAAGCUGAGGCGCAGGCGGAGGGGCUGCGGCGGCAGCUGGCGCUGGAGGGAACGCGCGUGGCAGACCUGGAAACGCUGCUCACCCGACUGCGCGCCAGCCACUUUGCUGCCCACAACGCUGCCCGCCUGCCCGGACCCCUGCCGGGCGGGCCGCCCGGACCCGACCCUGCCGCCUUCUCCAGGCACACCCCACAGAUCUCUCUCUUUCACCAUCCAUUGAGAUAUAUCUGCUCUGGAUUCUCUUGCUGGCUGGCGGAGAGGGCCGCAGCGCUGGAGGCGAGGCUGGCGACCGCAGAGGCCGAGGCUGACAGCGCGCGCGAAUCGCUGCGGCAGACGCGCGUCGACAACGCCACUCUGCAAUCCGCUCUGCAAGCAGCCCGCGCCGAACGCAACGCCCUCAAUGCCGCCAUCCGGGCGGCCAACUCGGGGGACGCGGCCGCGCAGAACUGGGCGUUCGGCAACGUGGAUGCGAGUGCAGGGGCGGCUGCGCUGGCGGCAGCGCGAGCUGACCUGGCGGCCUCGCAAGAGGAGAACGGGCGCCUGCUGGACCUCGUCAGCAAGGUUGAUGCGGAGAGGGCUGCGCUGGAGAAAGCAAACGCAGUGCUGAGGGCAGGACGCCAGCCGCCCCGGCCGCCGCAGUCACCCUCGGAGUCUUCAUCAUUCGCCUGCUCAGGCAGUGCGGCAGGCACGGCGUUCAGGGGCGCCCCCACCGACGCUGACGUGGAGGCCGCCAGGCUGGCGCUUGAGCUGGCGCACGAACGAGCGCAGCGCGAAAAAGCCGAGCGCGAUUUCGAGGAGCUGCUGGAGGGCAUGCAAGGCGGUGCCACAACAGGCCGCAGCGGCGCCACAUCAGCGCCGAGGAUCACCAUGUCAGCAUCGCCGGGGUCCACGUCAGCGGAAGAGCAGCGGCGGCGGCUGACCCAGCUGCAGGCGGCGGUGCGCAAUCUGGAGGCCGACAACAAGCGGCUGCGCGAGGGGCUGUCGACAUCUUCGCGCCCGGUCACCGAUUCGGCCCUCACGUCCAACGGAGACAGCGGCGCGACAUGGCGGCGGCAGAGCCGCAGCAGCGGCCCGACAGGCGCGCUGGCCGCCUACGUGGCAGAACUGAGCGAGCCCAGGACGUUGGCACAGCAGAAGGUUGGCGGCAGUGGAUCCCAGCUGAAUGACUGCCGCAAUCGCAAGUCUCCUGUCAGCAGCAGCGGUGCAGUGCGCGCCUUCUCCACAGACCGCAUCCCCACCUUUGCGGCUGCCCCCUACCUCAAGCUCAUUAAGAGGCAGCUGCAAGUGGAAAGUGGAACUGUGGCACCCGCGCUGCCGUCCCCGAGCAUGCCCUCGCCAUCUUUUGCGGCCAGGCCAGUGUGGGAGGGGCGCAGCAUUGCAGACACAGAGACCUCACCGCAGAGCAGACGGCAGGCAGCAGUCAGGGCGAAGCUGGCGCGCACGCCGCUGUACGCCUACUCGCAGCUGGAGAGCAGCCGGGGAGUGCAGAAGCACAGCACGCGCCCGCUCUCAUCAGCCUCAAGCGAGCCGGGCAAGGUCGGCGCCAAGGAGAAUGAGGCUCUGAAAUGGUUUGGCCGCCUGGAUUGCAGCCGUGGCAAGUCAGGCCGCCGGCUGUCCCUGCCAGCGCCUGUGAAGCCAAGGGGAGUGCGCAAGUCCAUGUGAGAAAGGAUCUAGGACGAUGGACCAGCACUCAGCAGGCAGCCAGAUGGGCCCGGGUCUAUCACCCUCUGGAAGCAUGUCUUGGCAGCAAGAAAAGAUCUCAAGAAUGCGACAGUGGGCUUUAGAAGGAAGCUUUGCCAGCUGUUGUAUCAGGAAAAACGGGGCAUCAGGAAGGGGAUUUUGGAUCCUACGCUGUGUCAAAUGGCAGUCUGAAGGAAACUGUGUUUUGUCGGUCGGUUAGGCUUAGGUGAAAUGCAAAGUAGGGGAGUGGAGGGCCGCAAAGGGCGGAUGUACCAAGAUGUAGUGCUAGCUGGAGCGGAGGGAGAAUAAUAUGUAGAGUAGGAUUGCUUUGGCCCAGAGACAUGUGAACAUUUUGUGUUCCCAAGAUGGCUUGCGGGUAUCCUAAUCCUUCAAUAUGGCAGAGAAGCCUUGCUGAUGUGCCCCUACGAAGGCGAGUGAUUGGCGCAGAUGCGAGAUUGCUCUGGACCUGUACAUAUGCUGUGGCAAGGGAGGAUUGUGCUGCUUUGUAGACAAUUCGAAUUCGAUCUUCAUGACAUUAAGAAUCCCGCUUGAUGCUGAGUUGCUGCAAUGCUCAAGAGGGCAAGCACCGGAUCCUGCCCAUGAUGUUGCACACUUUAAUUUGCCAUGUUAGCCAUGGAUCUAUGUAUGUUCUUUGCCUGCAAUCGCAUCGAUUUCACACUGUCCAGGUAUCUUUGGAAGCCAAGGUUGUCAGAGAAUAUCGUAUGCUGACAUCCAGGCAGGAUCCUGCAACCACCUUUCAAAUCUUGAUGUGAAGAGAAGACCUGC